AUAUGCGUAUAUUUUUUACCGUGACAACAUAUAAUAAAUGCACAUAAUGUUACAAAAGAAGGCAUUGUAUGAAUUUUUUUAGAAUUCAAGACACAUGAUAGGGCAAAGAAUUGAAAGCAAGUUAAUUUGGCAACAUCUAAUGAAUCAGGCUCAUGUGUGCAAUAUUUACUUUUUAGAGGUGGUGAGGCAAUGAAUCCUGUCAUGUACAGAGCUGAGUGAUAUAAUGGUGUUCUUUUAUCUUACCUAAAGAGAGCAAAAGAUGAACUGUAAAAGACUGUAAUCUAAGGCGCUCAAAAAUGAAACAAUCAAUGAAACAAAACAAUGAAAAUGCAAUCAACAACCCCCUCAAUAAUCAAUAGGUAGUUUAAAUAGUUAAAUAGUCAAUCAGGUCAGUGAGUUGAAAGGGUGUUGUUUUGCUGGGCUGAUUGGGGUUGUGUGAUUGAUUGGAAUUGAAUGAGAUCACAGGGGCUUUUAAGAACCUUGUUUACUGACAGGGCAGGUACAGGCCUCAAGGCUGCUGGUCCUGAGGGGUGUUAUAGUAGGCUAUAAAAGCUUUGUUGCUCCUUCCUCCUUCAGUGAUAUGUCUGUGUCUUUGAGAGAGAAUGAAAGGCAGCAGUUACACCAUGAAGCAGUGUGUGCUGUUGUUGCUAGUAUUUGCAUGUGCGCAUGGAGCCCCUGCAGGCAUUGUGCCAUCAAGUUCCUGUCAAGAUCCUUCAAUUAAAGAUGCUGCUGCACAGGCUAUGGACAAAAUCAACCUAGAACGCAGCAAAGGCUACAUCUUUAGCCUGGAACGUCUCAGCAACGUCGGCCUGCUGCGCCACGGUGAGACUGGAGUGGUGUAUUAUCUAACAAUUGAUGUCCUUGAGACUGACUGCCACGUCCUCAGUAAGAAGAACUGGAGGAACUGCAAAGUCAGAGACAUUGGUGGACACCCGGUGUAUGGUCAGUGCAGAGCAGUGUUCUACAUAAACAGAUUUCAUAGAGUCUCCCGCCUCUACAAAUACAGCUGUGCAGUCAGGCCAGGUAAUAACAAGUAUACAACAAUGCGAUGCAAUCUCUUCUGUGUUAACUAUCCCAACAGGAAGAUAAUAGAGAAAUGUCUGCUUUCUUUGGCAGUCCCUACCUCCAAAAUUGCUUUGGUAUGCCCUGACUGCCCAGUUCUAAUUCCACUGGAUAAUGAAGAAGUCCAGAAGACUAUGAGGAUGGGCCUGGAGAAGUACAAUAAGGAGAGCAUGCAGGCUAACUACUUUACUCUUCUUAACAUCACAAGAGCUACUAGCCAAGGGGGGGUUGUCACUUUCUACAAUGUGGAGUUCACCAUCCAGGAGACAGUCUGCUCCAACACAACUGAUAUAGCUGAGGUUUCAAAGUGCGAAAUAAUGACCUGCGAGUUUGCACACAAGGGCUUUUGCAAAGCCACCCACUCUCGAUCUGUCGGAGGUGAACACCUAAACCUUGAGUGUGAACUUUUUGAACCUGAGGCUGCAGAGGAGGAAAAGAAGAGGCAUCUGCUGGAACAGAAGCUGGACCACAGUCACAGUACCACUGCUGAUAUGUCCUUAGGGCAUGACCACACUCAUGACCACACACAUGCCCACUCCCCCUCACACACACAAGACCAUGAUCAUCCCCACGAUCACAGGCAUGAUCAUGACCAUAAAGCCCUGCAUGCCCACGAUCACACCAAGGAUUUCGGCCACCACCACACACAUGAACAUAACGAGGGUCAUGGUCAGUCCCAUGGUCAUGCACACUCCCAUCACCAUGGUCAUGACCAUGACCACACACACUCACACCACGCCAAAGCUCACAACCACACUCAGGACCAGGGCAAGCACCCUCACCACAACUAUGGUCACAGCGAUGGGGAAACCCAUGAGCAUGACCACGAGUUAGCGCUGGACCAUGAGCACAAACACGCACAUCUCCAUGAGUAUGAGCAUCACCACCAUCAUCAUGAACACCAGCAUGAAAGCUCAACUAAACGGCCUGAAGGAGUGGUCUACGUGCUGCCCUCUAUGGACAAGCCCAUGAUUCUUCCUUCCCACCCUGACCAGCCAGUGGCUGAGCCAGCACAGCCAUCCACUCUGCCCUUCCACCCUGACCCACAGAUUCCUGGAGAGAGAGAGCCCACCAUAAUGCCCUUCCCAUCUGCCCAGUCCAGGGAGUGCCCAGCAGACUUCAAGACUGAGAGCAAACUCAUUAAGGAGGUCUUUGCUCAGGACCCUCUCUUCAAAAGUGCUCCUGCAUGUGAAAAGCCUGUGAAAAGCCUUUCCAUGUUUGCAUAUUGUAGCUAGGAGAAAAAACUGGAUGAGGUACCCAGUGCAAUAAACCAUGUUUUGAACUGGC